AUGUCGUUCGAUUGGGACAACCAGUACUGCCUCGGCUGCGACCGGAUGACUGACGGGGCUGCUUACUGCUCUGAAAAGUGCCGCUUGGCUGACUAUGACAAGUCGUCACCGUCGACCCCAAGCUCGAGUGCCAGCUCCCCAGCGCCGAGCAGUCCUGCCUUCAACUGGACCUUCUCCAGUCCGUCAUCGACGAGCAACAAGCUCUACCUGUCUCCUGCCUACGACUUCCAGCCCAGCACCUCUCGGAGGGGUUCCACGGGGUACCCGACCCUCUCGCCAUCGGCGUCACACUCUAGCCUCUGCUCUAUUCGCAGCAGUUCUUCCGCCGGACUCGACGCUCAGCAACAGCUGUCUGAAAACGCGGCUCGGGAGCUUCGGGCCUACGCCCAUUCCUUCGAAUCCGUUCGGCUUCAGCGUCGGAGGUCGUACUAG